CGACUUCCAAUUCAUUCCAAAGGUUUUCAGUGGGGUUGAGGUCAACACUCGCUGCAGGCUACUGGGGUUCCUCCACACCAAAUUCAUCAAACCAUGUGUUUAUGGACCUCACUUUGUGCACAGGGGUACAGUCAUGAUGGGACAGGAAAGGACCUUCAGCAAACUAUUGCCACAAGUUUGGAAACAUACAGUUGUCUAAAAUGGCUUUGUAUGCUGUAGCAUUAACAUCACCCUUCCCAGGAACUAAUGGGCCCAAACCCUGAAAAUCAUCCCUAGAAUAUUAUCCCUUCUCCACCAAACUUUACUCUUGGUACUAUCCAUUCCAGUAGAUACCAUUGUCAUGGCAUCUGUCAAACCCAGAUUCGUCCAUCAGACUACCAGAUAGUGAAAGGUGAUUCGACCACGUAUCCACUGCUCCAGUGUCCAGUGCUGGUGUGAUGUACACCACUCCAACUUAUGCUUGGCAUUGCACAUAGAGAUCUUAGGCUUGUGUGCACUUGCUUGGCUAUGGAAACCCAUUUCAUGAAGCUCCUGACACAGUUCUUGUGUUGAUAUUGCUGUUGUGCUGCUGAUCCAACAGAGGCUAGGCCAUUUUCACAUGGUACACGGUUCAGAAUUCUUCAGCCGUGCUCUUUGAGUUUGCAUGGUCUACCACUUCAUGGCUGAGCUGCUGCUGUUCUUAGAUGUUUUCAUUUCACCAUAAUAGCACGUACAGUUGAGCAGAAUAGAUCUAGCAAGGCAGACAUUUUAUAAACUGACUUGUGACAGAGGUCGCAUCCUAAGACAGUGCCACGUUUAAAGUCACUGAGCUCUUCAGUAUGACCCAUAGUACUGUCAGUGUUUGUCUAUGGAGAGUGCAUGGCUAUGUGUUUGAUUUUAUGCACCUGUCAGCAGUGAGUGUGACUGAAACACCUAAACUCAGUCAUUAGGAGCACCUACAAUGUGCACUUAUUGGUCCGUCUCGCUGUUUUGAAUUGUAGGAUUAUCAUCUGCGCAACUACAAACAGAUCUACGGUAACGUGCGCAACUACAAACAGAUCUACGGUAAUGUGCGCAACUACAAACAGAUUUACGGUAAGAUGCGCAACUGCAAACAGAUUUACGGUAAGGUACAUGUUAGACUCAUCGUCGCCAUGGAUACCAAGGAACUCGAAUGGGUUUGGGAAAUGAGCGCAACGUCUUUGCAGCUUCACAUCUUAUUAAGUUUUAUUAUCGUUUGUGGUUUCUCAAACGUGCUGUUUUUAUAAGUUUAGUUACCUUGUUAAAUCUUAGCACAUUUACUGUUAGCAAGUAACGGAGGGUCUGCUGGCAUCUGUGUGUAACAAAGGUUUUUAAUAAAGCGACACACAUCUGCUAGCUAUACACAACACUAGCUGUUUUGUUUUGGGUUUCCUAAUAAAUUUAUGUCCGUGUAGUUGAUUCAGACGUACAGGACUCUUGUGUAAACUGUAAAAUCCAUGAUUAAACUGAAAAAUAUGAAGGAAACUGCGUUGCUGCAUGAAAAGACAGAAGAACCGAAAGCCUCGCACGAAGCAUUAGAGUUUCUUUCCAGCAUAGGACCUGAAGAUGUAGAUCAGUGCCUGUUUGUGGACUCUAUGGUGACGGUUUCAGACACUGGCAGAGAGCUAGGAGAGUUCUGUGUUAGUGUACAGAAGGCCAGCUAUAAGGAUGAACCUUGUUAUUUGGUACACGCUAACAGCCAUGGAGCAAUUGACAACAUCCCGUGUGGCACUUCUAUUACGGCUUAUGUAUCCAGGAGCCUCAACACUCUAGAAGAGAAUCAUGAUGAAUAUAUGAAGCUGCAGGAACACACACUGGACAAGAAGUUACACAUAGUGAGGCAAGGCGGUCAUCUAGUGGUGAAUGGAGUCAUCACCGAGAAAGACGAAGUGAAGAAGCAAACAUUUCAAUUCCCUCUGGAUUCUCUACAAGGUUUCGUGUCUGAAGCCUCCAACCUCUUGAUCCUGCGCAUUUUGGCUCAACAAAAGAAAGUUCCAGAAAAUUUGACAUUCCUGUCAUUUGAUGCUGACACCCAGAUUGGUGUGUCAUCCUAUCGGGAGCUGGAGGUCAAGAAGCAGGUGGUUGGCAAUGAGGUGGUGGAGGUGUUUGGCAUUGAGAGGACGGUCUCCUCGGCAGAAAAAAUCCCUGCAAUCUGGCACUGCUACUUCCUGCCAGAUGGACAUUUAGCCAGCAGAGUGCAGGUGGGCUCGUCAGUAACAAUGCACCUCCUACAGCUUCCUCCUGUAGUCAGUAGUCAGGAUGAGAGAGAUCAUAAGUCAGUUUGUGAGAAGAAGCCCCUGGUCUGGGAAGAGGACAUCGAGCUAUACUCGAAGUUUCUCGACAGAAAGGAAGAGCUGAAGGCUGCUCACUCCUCCUAUGUUAGACAGCACCCUGAGCUUAAAGCACUACUGGCUGACUUCCUACAAAUGCUACUGUUAAGAAAGCCUCAGGAUGUUUUCUCUUUUGUCCAUGACUUCUUCAUUCCUUUCGACUCUCAGCGCCCACCAGACAGCACCUUCAAUGCGUCACAAAAUAUAACAGCUGCACAAGAUGAUAAAUCCUAGCCAAUCAGGCUUGAAUGUUUUGCAGUGAAUAUUUUAAUAAAGCUUUUGCAUUUGUGCCAGAUGUGAA